AUGGUUCGAUUAGUCGUGCGUGAAGGAGAGGAAGAACAGAUCUUGCGCUGGAUAAGAGCUGAGACACUUCGACCUUCAGAUCUUCCUCCAUACAUCAGGUACGAGUGGAGAAGUACAGCUCUCAAAGCCCUUGUGGUGUACAAAGCACAAAUCGCUAAAAAUGGGUGUCUUGACGAAGCUCUGGACACGUUCUUUCAAACAAAGCCUUUGUAUGUGUCAUAUGGAGGUCCGGCGACGUGGUUGCACUCUCAGCUCUGGCAGGUUGUCGGCAUCCCCAAAGGACAGGAAACUCCAACAGUCAAUGGAGGUCGAUCUUGGAAACUUGCGUGGCCUAACACCAGUGCCCACUUCUACGAUGCCAUGUCACAAGAAAACAGGUUAAACACUAGCAGCCCUGUAAAUGAUGCAAGGACUGCUCUCUACCACCCUCGUGGACCGGACCCAGAUCCAGUACUGGCGAUGUUUCUAGCUGCAGCCGCAGACUCAGACCGUGAGCAUCCACUAUGGACUAUGCGAAAACAUGGAACAAGGCAUGUGUUCCGAAUGAGCGCCACGCAUGGAUCAGAAGAACUGAGAAGACAGGGGCGGAUGGAGGAAGCCAAAUCGCUCGAAAAGGCUCGAGAUGUCGUACUUCCCGUAGAUCACACCUACGGAGAUCGUCAAGACAGGGAAGGAAUCUCAACCCAAGCGAAACAGAAAAGACCACUGCCUCCUCCAAAAUUCAAGCCAUGGUGA